GGUGAGAUGGCCGAUUGGCCGUGGAGUUCCGGCUGGUUUCUGUGAAGUCGAAACGGGAUCUGUGGACAGACAGCAGGAGGCGAGCAAGACCGCCGCAGCCUCCUUCGACCACCAUUUCUAAAAAACAACAACGAAACGCUGUCGGGCAGUUCUUCUUCUGUCUGCUUGUCUGAAGCCUGCGCGCCCUUCUGUUCUCGGGUUCUAAUAAUACUGAAGAAGGCGAACAACAUGGCUGACGCUGGCCCUGCAGAACCUGCUUAUUUGAUCCUGGUUCUGCUCCACAGAUAAGCAGCCUGAAUCCUGAAAACCCAGAAAACUGCUUAAUAUCUCAUCUCAACACUCCUGAAUACUGAAGGCUGGUUUUGUGUUGUAGCUGUGUGGCCAGGUAGCCUGGCUGCCUCCCUGCCUCCAGAUGAAUGAAGAGCACUCCAGGACACAGAGACACAGCUGAUGCAGGCAGUGCAGGUGUUUCUUCAAAUAUGAUGAAGAAAAAGAAUCCCCAUAAGAAACAUAAGAGCAGUCUCAGCCAGACCACCAAGGUUCUGUCGCAGCCACGACGCAACAUUGUCGGCUGCAGGAUCCAACAUGUCUGGAAGGAAGGAGGAGGACACGUGGUCUGGAAAGGAACAGUGCUGGACCAGGUGCCAGUGAACCCGUCUCUCUAUCUGAUAAAGUACGAUGGUUUUGACUGUGUUUAUGGUCUGGAGCUUCAAAAAGACGAGAGGGUUCAGGGGCUGGAAGUGCUCCCUGACAGACUGGCUAAAUCCCGUCUAACAGACGUAAACCUAGCAGACACCAUGAUAGGUAAAGCGGUGGAACACAUGUUUGAAACAGAGGAGGGACCAAAGGAGGAGUGGAGGGGGAUGGUGCUGGCCCGGGCUCCCAUCAUGACCACCUGGUUCUACAUAACCUAUGAGAAAGACCCUGUCCUCUACAUGUACCAGCUGCUAGACGACUAUAAAGAGGGGGACCUCCGCAUCAUGCCAGACUCCAACGACAGCGUCCCGGCGGAGAGGGAACCUGGUGAGGUGGUGGAUAGCCUGGUGGGUAAACAGGUUGAGUAUGCCAAAGAGGAUGGCGGCAAACGAACGGGAAUGGUCAUCCACCAGGUGGAGGCCAAGCCCUCUGUCUACUUUAUCAAGUUUGACGAUGACUUCCUCAUUUACGUUUACGACCUUGUCAAAACUUCAUAAGACUUUGUGGAUGUCCUGAGCCCCUCCCUUAUGACAGAAAGAAAAUGCAGCACAUGAUGAAACAUCUGAAGCAUUUGAUCAAGCACUUAUUCCUCAGACCAUUAAAGACAAAACUCAAGACUUGAAAAAAGAGUUCUCACAAAGGAAAAAGACUAUACAGAUCUUGAGAAUCGCCUUGUUCUUGUGUCUGGGAACAUUUGAGAUGGGCAGAAAAAAGAACUUGCUGAUGAAGACUCAUCUAUGACCUUCUUAGCCUCUUACAACAGAAAAAUGGCCAUGGUUUUACAUUACGAUUUAAAGGUCCAAAACAGUAUCUUUCUGAAAAGGGCAAAGGCAUCCAAAAAUGUUGCUUUACAAAGAGAAACUAAACCUUCAAAUUAAUUUUCAGUGUCGGAUUUCUUCCAGUGGGCUGUUUGCAGAGGAAAGUUUUGGUCAUGGUUAUGUGUGGUACAGAUAAUUUGAGAUUAUCUCUUUGUGAACAUGUCAGUAUAGAGUUUGAUACUAGCCAACUGUCUGUGCUCACCUUGGUGAGUUGGCUUCAAAGACUUUGUAAUGUUUCCUACAUCAUCUACCACAUGAAAAAAGAAAAGUGAGCAGACCCCCAGCAAAGAAAUGAAAUCUGGAAUUGGUUGGUGGAAGGAUUUUCAAGAAAGAAGACUAGCAGGAGGAUAAUUCUUGGACCAAAUUUGUUUUUGGUACCCUUUUCAACGUUCAUGUAAUGCAGCUCAGUGUUGUUGAUUAGUUCUGUAAUCCUUGUCAUCUGUCCCAUCCAAUAAGGACUGGCAUCACAACUGUAUGGAAGGCUAUUUCUGACACAAAAAGAAAAAACAUGUUUAUCCUAUGAGAGAGAAGUGAUAAAAACACAAAAACAUGAUCAUUCAAAUAGGGGAUACUCAGUUAAAAUUAUGACUUCAUAAAUCAAAAUGAUGAGCUACAAAGUCAAAUGAAUUUUUACUCACUAUCUCUUAAUUUGAUGAUUUUGAUUAAUUAGAAUUAGAAUUUAUUAGUUGUCAUUCUAACAUGAAUACAAAUAUUGAUUUUGAUUCAGUAAUGUUUUGGGGUUUUGCAUUAGUUUGUAAACCUUUUACUUUUGUCAGAAUGUUGACUUUAUAGGGUGGGAAACAGGAAACUGGUCCCAGUCUAACUUGGAAGUUGGACUUCAGAGACUUUCUGUAACGGUUAAAAAAGCUAAACAACUUGAUGGUUUGGAUUCACAAGUGGGAUUUUUUUUUCAUGCUAUAGUGUGCUGCUUUCACAGGCUCCAUUUUACCAAAUUCAACUGAAUAUUCAUGAAGGGAGCCAACAAAUCCUCAUCUAACGAUAUCUGCAGUUCAAAACUGUUAUUUAAAAAAAAGUUUUUUUGUUUUUUACUUUCAUUUUCUAUUUUGAUCUUUUUGCUGUCAUCAUUGCCAAAACCCCUUCCUGUGUUGAAGUUGUUUGAUGUCAAAGAUGAUCGGACAGCUUUUUCUUGUGAUUACACUAAAGCCUUAGGAUUUGCUCUUGUGCUGUCUUUUCUAAGUAAUCAGUGAAGGAGUGAAAGGAAAACGAAAUGAGGCUGAGACUUGGCCAAAGUCUUUUCUCCCCUUGGCAGUUUGUUUUAAUGUUCGUGUUGUUAGGUUUCAACUUCAAAUACACUGACACUUCUAAGUGUUACACAUUAAUGAUUUAAGUAGUGGAAAACAUGUUUCAAUGCACCUUAAAUCCCAAGGAUGAGAUAAGAAUAUUCCCAUUCCCAAGUUCAUGAGUAUUUUAGAUUUAAAUUGUCACCAGAAUCUACAGGAAAAAAAAUGUUUUCAUCAGUUGUCGAGAUGUUAAGCAUUGGAAGCCUUCCAGUUCACUUCCAUGUCUCAGUUGAUAAAAUUAUUACCAAAACAACAGCAUCCCAGUUUGUAUUUAUGCAUAAACCAAAAGAUUACAGACUUAUGAUUUAGUUUCUGUCCACAGCCUAUGAGAUGAUUCAGCCUGUUCCACAGCAUUUAUGCAGUAACAGAGGACACAGUCAGUUGUGUUUGUUAUAUGAAGAGAUUAACGACCAAUGAAGGUUUAUUUUUUUCAUAAAUGUACAUUUUAUUUUAUUUGGAUUUACUUGAGACUGAAGGUUUUCCAUAAACACGUGUUCUGUACUGAUUUGAACUUGUCACUUAUGAUUAAAGUGUUUGAGAAAAACUUGAAUAUACUUUAAAGGUUAGAAUCAAGCUGUUUCUACUGGACAGUGGCUGAUUGUAAAUAAAGUUGCUGCUUUAAGUGUUUUGUCAGCCAGCUACAUUUUUAUACUAGAAAAGAACUCGAAGAACCUUUAUCAAAGCAACAGAACUACAAAUUACACCAGAGAUAUCAACACAUUCACAACACAAGUAUUUUUUGAAAAAAGGCCAAUAUUUUCAUCUACACAAAAAUGUUGGCUUUCAAUUUAUAACUCGCACUUUACUUGUGUGUUUCAGUAUAUGUCAUUUUUUUGUAGGUUGAGAAAUGUAUGCAUUGGACUUCUGAGCCCUUAUUGCAGUCAAUACUAUUCACUGUCAUUCUGCUCUUCUCCCAAAACCAGUAAAUGAAAACUGAGAAGAGAAACCAGUCACGGCUGAUUAGCCAUGCAUCACAUACUUUACCAAUCACAUGGUUCGGCUAAAUUCAGUGUACAGAGCAGAGUAAUGUAUGUAAAACCUUCGGUCUGUAUACUUCCUGUGAUGUCGUUAGUUGCCAAGACAGAUUACAGCUCUUAUUAUACUGUAACCGCACUUAAAAAAAAAAAAACAGACUCUCCCAGAGAUCUAUAGGUUUCUGCACUUGUAUAUCCGUUUUGGUUUUCAUUAAAGAGAAGUAUAAUUGUGAUCAUCUCAACAGACACUUUUUUAAUGAGAUAAGGCAUCGUUACUAAGACUUGAUUUGCAGCGAGGUUAUGUCCAGUCAGCAUAUUUCACUGUUGUAAAACAGAUUAUUGUUGUCAAUGUUGGAAUGACAGUCCCGUCUAUCAUUCUCCUACUUUGUAUUGUUUGCUUUUAUAUGUUUUAAAAUGUAUGUUAAUUUCUUUGUUAAUGAAAAAAAAUGACACA